AUGGAUGCGGAAAGCGCAGGACCGUUGUGUGUCGAAAUCCCUAGAGGAGGCGUAUGUCCAUGGUGGAUGAUAAGUAAUCUUUUAAGCACCUACAAAGAAGACCUAAAAUCAUCUUCCGCUGAAUUGGUUUAUGGUGAACCAUUGCGCCUACCAGGAGAUUUUUUCCAACCAGAUGAGGAAAGUACUGUAGAUAUGUCGGAUUAUGUGGCACGUCUUCAAUUGUUCGUAAGACAGCUGCAACCAUCCCCAGCUUCACGUAAUGGUUCCCAGAAGUCUUCUUUCAUCUUUGAAGAUCUAGCCACGGCUCCUCACAUCUUCCUUCGAGAUGACGCAGGGGCCGGCUGCCUCAAACCAGCAUACACAGGACCACAUGAGAGUUCUAGAACGAGGCGACAAGGUGUUCAAACUCGCAGUCAAUGGUCAAGCAUCAGCAGCCACACAGCAAGCCAGCAUCAGCCUCAAGGUUCCAUCGCAGCUCUCAACGACGCUUCCUGGACCUUCGGCAGCACUCGACGGCAUUAUCCCGACCUGAUCUUCGCAGCCCACGAGCGUCGGGCCGCGGCCCCAGAGCUACCAUCACCCAGCUCGGAGGAAAAUCUUCCCCUUUGGCCUUCCUACACUGGUGACCCUCGACUGAGCACAGCAGCAGCAAGAAGCAAACUUCAACCAUCGCAGCGCAGCCAUCAAACCUCAUACCCCUUCCUCAUCAGGUCAAGCAUCAGCAGCCACACAGCAAGGCAGCAUCAGCCUCAAGGUUCUAUCGCAGCUCUCAACGACGCUUCCUGGACCUUCGGCAGCACUCGACAGCAUUAUCCCGACCUGAUCUUCGCAGCCCACGACCAGUAGUACCUCACUUGUCGGCCGCAAGCACACCGGCGUGGCAGCCCUGCACACCCAGCAGCUCGGACCCACCGUCACACUCCACCUGUCUCGACUCACCGUAGACUGGAGCAACUCUGCAGCGCUGGCGACGCGUCUUCACCCCACCCGUCUACCAUCCGGGCGGCCCCCGAGCUACCAUCAUCCAGCUCGGAGGAAGAUCUUCCACUUUGGCCUUCCUAUACUUACCAACUAUUAGAAAUUAUAUUUCUAUGGUUAUGUCCACCGGCUGACCAGACCAGCCUGCACAGUGUGAAGGAACCUCUACGCAGAAAGGGGCCUUAUAGGAAGGGAUAA